UCGCGCCGCGGCAGUGUCAUUACGCCUGUGCAUAGACUUUGUAUGUAAUCUACUCGCGCGAAUAAUUCGCGCCGCAUUUGUUUGAAGUGUGAAUGUUGCCAAUAUCAAUAUCGUUCGAACUCCACACCACUUUCUGCUGCUCACUCACACUGACUAGAAACCAUCAGCUGUAUGUCAGAAGUCAGGGGACAGAUCCAAUGUGUGAUGCAGUGCAUAAAGAGCAGAGAGACAGACGGGGUCGAACCUGCUAAUGAACCUGUUAAUGUGCAGCCCCACCAACCUCUGGCAAGACUAAUUUGUUGCAAUUAGAGGCUGGUUUUCCCAUUAAACCGGAGAUAAAGAGUUGUAAAUAAUGAGCCAGUCAUUGUCCUCUCAGUGCCCUUUAGUCCUGUUGCCACUUUAAUUAGCUGUGUGAUACUAUGAGCUGCACCAGCGGUCUUUCUGUCCCCCUGUCUCCGUCUCGCUGUCCUUUUUGGUUUGAUGUGGGUUUUAACGAGGCUCUCCCGGGAGUCUCAGCUGACGACGGUAGACUUUUAUGGCCAGCUGCACAUGGGUUGGAGCCACUGGACUCCUAGAAGGGUUUGUCAGCUACUGGGGGAACUCAAGGUGGAAACACCUGCACGAUUGGAUGCAAUGCCUUUUACACACGGGCUGUUUUUUUCGUGCGAUUAUAUCAGUAAACUUGUUUAAACUGUUGUCUUAGUCAGAAGCACUUUCACACAAAAUGCAAAUAAAAACAAAAAAGCUUUUGCACUGCGAAUAAAGGUAUCAACCAAUUACGUUGUGUGUAACAAGUUGUGUGCCAAAAUGAAUGAAACAACAACACCAAGACGGCAAACUGUAUUAGUCUAUUCAGCUAUGACAAAGGCAGCGCAGAACCAGAUCCACUCCUUCCAUUCUUACCUUUCACAAUAAAAGCCCUAGACACAUAAUAUUUGCAGGCGAGUAUUUAGCAUUUUGGUGUUGUUUAUGCGGGACGCCCCCGGUGAGUUAAGGCCUUAAGGGGGCUGUUCCAUUUUGAAGCCUCCUGUUUUAAAAGUAGAUGAGAAAAUAAUGAGCUGAAGUGGAAGUGUGUGCAAAGUGGCAUCAUGAGGCUUUUUGUCAGUAAUUCUCUCUUUUUCUAAAUUGUCGGCCCCUUUAAACCACCUCCCAUUCCCAUUACUCCCAUUUCAUGCACAACCUCAGGUUUAGAAACAACAACAACAGUUGAUGCUUUUUUGUGUGAUUCAUUUUUUUAAGUAGUCGGAGCCGCUUUUAAAAUGCAGCAUUAGAGCAGCGAGACACCUGCUCUGCCUGGUUAGCGUGCAGGUGUGGGGGAGGAUUCCAGUUCCAGCAGGGGGACAACUGCUGCCUUCUAAAGCUUUUAAGCUGGACGGGUGGGGGGGAGAUGUUUCCAUUCAAACACCCGCAUCUCUGUUUCUUCCUCUUUUUGGGCUGACAAAAGGAAUAAUGUUGCACACUGUCACAUACUGUUUCUAAUCGUAUAUUUUGAUAUUUUGAAGUUGUGAUAGCUGCAGUUGUUCACUUGUUGUUAUUGGUUUACUAAUCUCACUAGUUAGUUAAUGAAAGAUGAUAUUCAGCUUGUCUUUUAGGAUUUUCUUGGAAAAGAAAAACAAGACUUCUGAUCCAAUUCCUCGUUUGUGUCAUUUACCAAGUGAAAAACCUAAAAGAUGUCGUCUCACAGCUUCUCUAAAGAUGGUGUAAGCGAUGUGAUGAGUGUCAUUAGUUUUAGACAAUAAAAUCAAACAAAGUCAAUAGAUUCUAUCGGCUGUCGUCCAUGUUUAAAAACGACAUCGUUUGUACACAGCGGCCUCGUCACUGCUCUUCAUUCCUGGUUGUAUUUCUCUGCUGUGACAGUGAGGCUGGUGCUGAGUCAUCACGAGAACAUGUGGUCACAGAGGAGGAGGUUAUAUGUCUGCCUGUCUGUCCGUGGACAGCUUUUGUUACCCUAAUAGCGUCUGUGGCUCUCAAUAAAUAUUUUAAAUAUCAAUAUAUAUUCAUCUUGUAAAAAAACAGACAUUCGAAUAUUAAAAAGAAUAUUAGAUCGUAGGGAAAACAAACUAUCAGGGCUGCUGAAUGCAGCGCAUGACGGGAGUCACACAACGUUGCUCUCAUUGGUUAGAAAUAAACAAGCGUAAUGAUGGCAGAGAAGUGUGGCUCUGUGUCCGUUACAUCAUGUCACGUGAGCUCCACAUCAGGCUGGAAACGUGCCGUCUUCUGACAUUUGUACUUUGAAACAGAAAACGUGAUAUUUACUGGAAAUGAAAAACAAUAUAGCCAAUAGCAAGUAGAAAACUUUCAGGCAAUCUGCAGUGCCACUUGAAUUAUAGCUUUUGUAGUGAGAGGAGGAGGGGUCGUACAGAUAACUUCACUAAUAAGCCUCUCCUUGUCUCCUUGUCAAUUGCAUCAGUUUGAAAGUGAGGAACAAAUAGAAACAGGAUGUUCCAGUAAAAGUUCAGCUCAAAACAGUGCUGUGUCGCUGGGGACAGUUAUAACAUCUCAUGGACAUAAUACGCAAUAAUAGAUAUGAAUAGUUCGAACCCAUGUGUAUUUGUUUUUUUACAACUAACAUUCAAAGGUCAUUUUGUGCCACAUUUUGACAGGCCUAAUAGCAUCACAGUUGUGCAAGAAGGAGUCAGGAAACUUAAAAGUUGUGUAGUUGAGAUGAAAAUGAACGCAGAGUUUGAACGUGGUUGUGGUCCGAGCAAGGGUGCAGGAAGUAGACGGGUCCGAGGUGGGGAAGGGUACAUUACACUAUUCGGCGUCACGGCUGGUGUGAUCCCAUCGCUAGCUGCUCUCUAGUUACUUUUGUCUCGAUCGUGGCAGACAGACUCUUACCAGGUCAUGAUGAUUCAGCAAUAAAGCUCUGUUUGCUCUAAUAAGAAAACUGCAGCAUGUAUUAGGGUAACCCGAACCCUAACCCAAAGUAACGCAGGAGUGAACUUCCCUACUUUCAUAUGACAGUAAUUGGAAAAGUAAUUCAAUGAAGUAUUUGCACAGCUCUGCCUGUUUGUCAUGGGGAUGUUCCAGUUGUAAUGAAUGGGCCCGGUGUUCAGCCCAUUACUCAAGGCUGAUGAGCAGUUCAGAGUUCAGCUCCAGCCGGCCUCUAUCAUCGCUGAUAAUCCCUCUGAUGCUUCGCUGGAGUUGGAAAUGCACAAACUUAAAACACAGUUUUAUUCUUUUUAUCUUUUGUGAACCACAGCCAAGUUAAGCAUCACACGGCAGCACGGACCUGUUCACCACCUGUUAGCAGGGAACAGAUGCAGCCACAGCUUACUACAGAGGUGUCCCUCUAUGAUUGUGUGAGGUCGUAGCCGUUCAGCAGCAGCAUCAGGACCAGAGGAGAGCGCACCAGCAGUCCCACCAUGGACCUGAGAUUCAGAGGGCUGUGGCCUCUUACCAGGGGAGCUCUUCAUCUCCUGCUGCUGGCCAGACUGGUGCUGCCUUCUCACGCAGAGAGCAUGCCCGGCUUCAUCAAGUCCCCCGAUGAUCAGACGGGGAUUUCGGGAGGAGUGGCAUCGUUCGUGUGCCAGGCGGUGGGUGAGCCCAAACCUCGCAUCACCUGGAUGAAGAAGGGGAAGAAAGUCAGCUCUCAGCGCUUCGAGGUGAUUGAGUUCGAUGACGGCUCGGGCUCGGUGCUGCGUAUCCAGCCUUUGAGGACCCACCGCGACGAAGCCAUCUACGAAUGCACAGCCAGCAACGGCGUGGGAGAGAUCAACACCAGCGCCAAGCUCACUGUGUUGGAGGAGGACCAGAUCCCCCACGGCUUCCCCACCAUCGACAUGGGGCCCCAGCUGAAGGUCGUGGAGAGAACGCGCACGGCCACGAUGCUGUGUGCGGCCAGCGGCAACCCCGACCCGGAGAUCUACUGGUUCAAAGACUUCCUGCCCGUGGACAUCGGCAGCAGCAACGGGCGCAUAAAACAGCUGCGUUCAGGUGGUACACCAAUCAGAGGAGCGCUUCAGAUUGAGAACAGCGAGGAGUCGGACCAGGGCAAGUACGAGUGCGUGGCAGUCAACAGCGCCGGGACUCGCUACUCUGCUCCUGCUAACCUUUAUGUUCGAGAUCAACGGGAAGUUCGUCGCGUGCCUCCUCGUUUCUCCAUCCCGCCCACCAAUCAUGAGGUGAUGGCCGGCGGCAGCGUCAACCUGACCUGCGUGGCGGUCGGCGCUCCCAUGCCUUACGUCAAGUGGAUGAGCGGCGAGGUGGAGCUUACCCGGGAGGAGGAGAUGCCCAUUGGCCGCAACGUCCUGGAGCUCACCAACAUCCGGCAGUCUGCCAACUACACCUGCGUGGCCAUAUCCUCCCUGGGCAUGAUCGAGACCACGGCCCAGAUCACUGUCAAAGCCCUGCCCAAGUCGCCCACUUCCCUCAUUGUGACAGAAACCACGGCCACAAGUGUCACCCUAACCUGGGACUCUGGCAACCCAGAACCGGUGUCCUACUACGUGAUCCAGUACCACGCCAAACUGUCUGACAAUGGCUUCCAGGAAAUAGACGGAGUGGCCACCACCCGGUACAGCAUCGGCGGCCUCAGCCCCUUCUCGGAAUACGAGUUCCGCGUCAUGGCCGUCAACAACGUCGGCCGGGGGCCUCCCAGCGCCGUCGUGGACACCCGCACAAGCGAGCAGGCCCCCUCCUCGCCUCCUCUUCACAUCCAGGCGCGCAUGCUGAGCUCCAGCACCAUGCUGGUCCAGUGGAAGCCUCCGGAGGAGCCCAAUGGCCAGAUCAGGGGAUACCGGGUCUACUACAGCUCCGAUCAUGACGCCCCGCUCAGCGCCUGGCAAAAACACAACACAGAUGACAGCCAGCUCACCACCAUCUCGGGCCUCACCGCGGAUAUCACAUACAGCCUGAGGGUGCUGGGCUUCACCUCCGUGGGAGACGGGCCUCCCUCUGAUGUUCUGCAGAUCAAGACCCAGCAGGGAGUUCCAGCUCAGCCGUCUGGUUUUGAGGCUGAGGCCGAGCUGGACUCACGCAUCAUGCUGUCAUGGCUUUGGCCUGUCCAGGAUCCAAUAAUUGGCUUUGAGCUGCUCUACUGGGAGGAGAACAAUCCCACAAACAAGCAUCAUGCCACUUUCGACCCAGCAGGCUCCUAUGCAGUUGAUGGUCUGAAGCCAGACACAAUCUACAUGUUUUCCCUGGCUGCAAAAUCUGAGAUGGGUUUAGGAAUCUUUACGCAGCCUAUUGAGGCCAGGACUGCCCAAUCCACCCCCUCAGCCCCUCCCCAGGAGGUACGCUUGCUCAGCCUCAGCUCCACCAGCAUCAAGGUGAGUUGGGUGGCACCACCCACAGACAGCCGCCACGGGGAGAUAGCGCUCUACUCUCUAGCCUACCAAGCACUCACUGGGGAGGAUGUGGAGCGCCACCAGGUGUCAGGGAUUGGCGCUGAUGUCACCAGCUACGUGCUGGAGGAUCUGCAGAAGUGGACUGAGUAUUUGGUGUGGUUGAGGGCUCACACUGAUGUCGGGCCUGGCCCGGAGAGCUCCGCAGCCUGCAGCAGAACCAAGGAAGAUGUGCCCGGAGCCCCUCCCAGGAAGGUGGAGGCCGAUGCCCUCAACUCCACUGCCCUCAGGGUGACGUGGAAGCCUCCCAUAUCCGUGAAGCAGCAUGGCCAGAUCAGAGGCUACCAGCUGGUCUACUCCAGGCUAGAGAACGGGGAGCCUCACGGCCAGCCGGUCAUCGUGGACGUUUCCCUCCCCGAUGCUCAGGAGGCCAUUGUGACAGGUCUGCUGCCAGAGACAACCUACUCUGUGACUGUGGCUGCGUAUACCACCAAGGGGGAUGGAGCUCGCAGCAAGGCCAAGGUGGUCACCACCACAGGAGCAGUUCCUGGCAAGCCCACUAUGAUGAUCAGCACCACCAUAGGGAACACUGCCCUGAUCCAGUGGCAGCCUCCCAAGGAGAUGGUCGGGGAGCACGUGGGAUACCAGCUGCAGUACAAGAGAGCAGAGGAGGAGGCCUUCACCGUCAAAGACUUCAGGAAGGCAGACGAUCAUUUCACAGUGACCGGCCUCCACAAGGGAGCCACCUACAUCUUCAAGCUGUGCGGCAAAAACCGAGCAGGCAACGGGGAGGAAUACGUGAAGGAGAUCAGCACCCCCGAGGACGUCCCCAGCAGCUAUCCCCAGAAUCUGAGCGUGGUCGGCCUGACCGCCACCUCCACCAACCUGGCCUGGGAGCCCCCUCCUCUGGCCGAGAGGAACGGGAAGAUUGUCAAGUACGCGGUGGUGUACCGAGAUAUCAAUAGCCAGCACAACAACACCAACAGCACCACAGAAACGCAGAUGACGGUCCAAGGCUUGCAGCCAGACACAACCUACGACAUCAGAGUCCAAGGCUUCACCAACAAGGGGGGAGGGCCCAUCAGCCCCAGCAUUCAGAGUCGGACCAUGUCCACCUCCAUGCCAGACCUUCCCUCAGUGUUCACCAAGAACUUUGCCGUGAAGGCUGUGACGAAAACCUCUGUCCUGCUGACCUGGGAAGUGCCACAAACCUUCAAAUCCCAAGUUCCUCUCAAGAUCCUGUACAACCAGCAGAGUGUGGAGGUUCAAGGCGACCUGAAGAGGAAGCUGAUCACACAGCUGCAGCCGGAUACGGAUUAUUCCUUCGUGCUCAUGAGCCGGGGGAACAGUGCCGGCGGCCUCCAGCAGCAAGUUUCCAUCCGAACAGCCCCAGACCUGCUGAAGAUGAAACCGGCUCGAUACCCACACGAUGUGGAGGAGGGUGGCAAAGUCACCAUCAGUCUGUCCAGGCUGCCUGCAGAAGCCCCCGUCAGGUGGUACUACAUAGUGGUUGUUCCUGUUACCCCGGUUUCUCUGAAGAGAUGGGAGAACCCCGAAGACAUGGACAUACAUGAGCUCUUGGAGGCCAGUGCUGACAGCAGCCUGCAGAGACAGAAGAGACAGAGCCAGGACUUCCUGCAGCCCUACAUCGCUGCCAAGCUGGAUGCUCUUCCCGAGAUCUUCACACUGGGUGACGAGAAGAAAUACAACGGCUACUACAACAAACCCCUCCCCGGCCAGCAGCAGUAUCGCUGCUUUGUUCUGGCCGACUUGACGGAGCAUGAAUCUACGUUUGCGGCCAGCCCGUUCUCUGAGCCCAUCAUGGUGAAGCUCCACAAUGGGAUGACCCGACAAACUGAGGACCCAGAGAUGCUGUGGGUGAUGGGUCCGGUGCUGGCGGUCAUUCUCAUCAUCAUCAUAGUCAUUGCCAUUCUGCUCUUCAAGAGCAACCAAGAAAGGAAACGAACAUCCCCAGCCAAGGAUGAGCACAUGGCGGGGGUCAAGGACUCACUGCUGGCCCACUCCUCAGACCCUGUGGAGAUGAGGAGACUCAACUAUCAAACACAAGGUUCCAGUGUCCUCAGUUGCCCGAACACUCCAAGGAUGAGGGAACAUCCUCCCAUCGCUAUUUGUGACCUGGCAGACUACAUAGAGAGGCUCAAGGCCAAUGAUGGUCUGCGCUUCUCUCAGGAGUACGAGUCUGUUGAUCCAGGACAGCAGUUCACCUGGGAGCACUCCAACCUGGAGGUCAACAAGCCAAAGAACCGCUAUGCAAAUGUUAUUGCCUACGACCACUCCAGGGUCAUCCUCACACCUGUGGACGGAGUUCCAGGCAGCGACUACGUCAAUGCCAACUACAUCGAUGGCUAUAGGAAGCAGAAUGCCUACAUCGCCACACAGGGGCCUCUGCCGGAGACGCUGAGCGACUUCUGGAGGAUGGUGUGGGAGCAGAGGACCUGCACCAUCAUUAUGAUGACCCGCCUAGAGGAGAAGUCACGGGUGAAAUGUGACCAGUAUUGGCCCAGUCGAGGCACAGAGACAUAUGGGAUGAUCCAGGUGACCAUGCUGGACACUGUGGAGCUGGCUACGUACAGCGUACGCACAUUCGCCCUCUAUAAGAAUGGCUCAAGUGAGAAGAGAGAGGUUCGACAGUUCCAGUUUAUGGCCUGGCCUGACCAUGGAGUGCCUGAGUAUCCCACCCCAACACUGGCCUUUCUACGCAGAGUCAAGGCCUGUAAUCCUCCAGAUGCUGGACCCAUGGUGGUCCACUGCAGUGCCGGUGUGGGCCGCACAGGCUGCUUCAUCGUGAUCGAAGCCAUGCUGGAGAGGAUGAAACACGUGAAGUCGGUGGACAUUUACGGUCAUGUGACGUGUAUGCGGGCUCAGAGGAACUACAUGGUGCAGACUGAGGACCAGUACAUAUUUAUCCACGAGGCCCUGCUGGAAGCGGCAACGUGUGGCAACACAGAAGUCCCCGCCCGAAACCUGUACGCCCACAUCCAAAAGCUCACCCAGAUCCCUCCCGGAGAGACUGUCACCGCCAUGGAACUGGAGUUCAAGAAACUGGCCAACUCUAAAGCACAUACCUCAAGAUUCAUCAGUGCCAACCUGCCGUGCAACAAGUUCAAGAACCGCCUGGUGAACAUCAUGCCUUUCGAGUCCACCCGCGUCUGCCUGCAGCCAAUCAGAGGGGUGGAGGGCUCUGACUACAUCAACGCCAGUUUCAUCGACGGAUACAGGCAGCAGAAAGCCUACAUGGCCACCCAGGGCCCGUUGGCGGAGACCACAGAGGACUUCUGGAGAAUGUUGUGGGAACACAACUCCACCAUUGUAGUCAUGCUCACCAAACUCCGCGAAAUGGGACGGGAAAAGUGCCACCAGUACUGGCCUGCCGAGCGCUCCGCACGCUACCAGUACUUUGUUGUGGACCCCAUGGCUGAGUACAACAUGCCCCAGUACAUCCUGAGAGAGUUCAAAGUCACAGACGCCAGGGAUGGUCAGUCGAGGACCAUCAGGCAGUUUCAGUUCACUGACUGGCCGGAGCAAGGAGUGCCAAAAACCGGGGAGGGAUUCAUCGAUUUCAUCGGCCAGGUCCAUAAAACUAAAGAGCAAUUUGGACAAGAUGGACCAAUUUCUGUGCACUGCAGUGCUGGCGUCGGGCGGACUGGUGUGUUCAUCACCCUGAGCAUCGUCCUGGAGAGGAUGAGGUACGAGGGAGUGGUCGACCUCUUCCAGACCGUCAAGACACUCCGAACCCAGAGGCCAGCCAUGGUGCAGACAGAGGACCAGUACCAACUGUGCUACCGGGCUGCUCUGGAGUACCUGGGAAGCUUCGAUCACUAUGCAACAUAACCCCGCCCAGAAAGACACCCUCAGACGAGUCUCCUCUGAGCCACAUCUACUCUGCUCCGUCAGCCCCCCGAGGCCUGAUGAGGAGGCUACAGUACUAGGAGGUGACCACAGCAGCAAACGGGGAGAUAAGAGGAAAGAGCAGAGGAGACGACGUCCUCCUGCACCGGUGCCAUGAUUCUGCCACAGACCCGACACCAAAACCCCCGAAAGAAUUGUAGUCAUGCCUCCUUCCGAUUCCUGACUGAAUACUCCCGUCACUCCCCAGUGUCUGCCUCCUCCUUAUAGCAAAAACAAAUGCUCUGCUACUUUCAUUUAUCUUCAUCAAUACUAUGUUGUUAUAAAUAUUUACAAUUUAUUUUGUAAUCACUUACACUGGUUAUUAUAUGUCUUAAUGGGUCUUUUUUUAAAUUUUCUUAUAUUUGUAUUAUUUUCAUUAGCUCAGAGGACAUGUAUCAUUAAUACUGGAGAGCGUAUAUUCACAGCUGCUAAUCGUUUUAUUUUGUACCAUAUAUAUGAUAUUCUCAUGUUCUCAUUGAUCUUAUUUAGGGGUAAAAGUGGGUUAUCUUGAUAUCCAACAGAAUGACGGUGAAGAUGUCUCACAAACAGAUCAAGUAAACAUUGUUUUUUAACUACAGUAUGAAAUAUACAUAUGGCUAUAAACAUGCAAAGAUUAUUCACAUCUGAACAACUGCAAUCAUCUUUCAAGUCAAUAACUGUUUACUAAUUUGCUCAAAGCCGUCUAAAGGAAUCUAAAGGUUGUGUCCACCCCCAGCAGAGACUCAGGUACACUGAGCGCAGUCUGUCGACGAUGUCGCAUUCUGAACAAGUGCUCUGCAUUAUAGAGGAGAAUAACUCCAUGGUGGGAACAAGACUCAGUGCUGGAAUCUGAUCAAGUUGGUUUAGUUGCCCAACCCGCGCUAUUUCCUUAUUGUCAACAAAUCCCACGAAAAUGCUAAAACCAACAAUGAGUUAGUCUCCCAAGUCUGUCUCUCUCAGCUCCA